AUGUCCGUAUAUGCGACGAUACUGCCUCUCAUCUUCCUGGGAUUAUUAGGAUUUACUUCUGCAAAAGAUAUUAAAGGCUCAGCCUUUUGUGAAUUUUACAAUGACACCAUGUGUGCAGAGAAUGAACAAGAAUGUUCAGGAAGAGAAGAAUGUGUUAUGCAUGAUCCAGAUAAACGUAAUCAUUGUUAUGUACUAUGGACAAUGAACAGUACUACUAAAGAAACAAUAAUUAAAUUAAAGGGUUGCUUUUUAGAUAACAAUGAUUGUUAUGGUAAACCACUUUGUGUAGAGAAUAGUAUGGAAAGAAAAAAUGACUUCUAUUUUUGUUGUUGUGAAGGCAAUAUGUGUAACCAAAACUUCUCUUGGGUUCCACAACCAACCACAAAGCCUACAGAACCAUCUGUUAUUCACGAAUUUGAACCUAUGCCCAAUGCAAAGCAGCAAGCAAUAACACUUGCCCUUUUAAUAACAAUUCCUAUACUUCUUACGAUUAGUUUGUUUUCAUUUUGGUGGCUCUAUCGUCGUCGAAAAUUGGGCUAUUUUAACGAGAUACCAACGCUGGAACCAGUGCCGUUGCCACAACCUUCACCUAUUCUAGGUUUACGACCAAUACAACUUCUUGAGAUCAAAGCUCGAGGUCGUUUUGGAGCAGUUUGGAAAGCCCAAUUUAAAAACGAGAUCGUAGCAGUUAAAGUUUUUCCCAUUCAAGAUAAGCAAUCUUGGCAGACUGAACAAGAGAUUUUUAAGCUUGCACAUAUGGAUCACGAGGAUAUAUUACACUUCAUAGGUGUCGAAAAGCGUGGAGAUAAUUUACAAGCUGAAUUUUGGUUAAUUACGGCGUAUCACGAAAAAGGUUCACUGUGUGAUUAUCUAAAAGCAAACAUUGUAACAUGGCCUGAGAUGUGUAGAAUUGCAGAGUCCAUGGCAAGAGGUUUAAUGCAUCUACAUGAGGAAAUCCCAGCUAAUAAGGCAGAUGGUUAUAAACCAGCUGUAGCUCAUAGAGAUUUUAAGUCAAAAAACGUUUUACUGAAGGCUGAUAUGAGUGCUUGUAUAGCUGAUUUUGGCUUGGCACUUAUUUUUCAUCCGGGAAAACCUUGCGGUGAUACACAUGGACAGGUUGGAACGCGAAGAUAUAUGGCGCCCGAAGUUUUAGAAGGAGCAAUAAAUUUUACUAGAGAUUCAUUUUUACGAAUUGACAUGUAUGCCUGUGGAUUAGUCCUAUGGGAGUUAGCUUCAAGAUGUACUGUACAAAAUGGACCAAUAGGAGAAUAUCGACUACCAUUUGAGGAUGAAGUCGGUCUCCAUCCUACUCUAGAAGACAUGCAAGAAAGCGUUGUCCAUAAAAAAGAGAGACCGCUCAUUUUAGAAACUUGGCGUAAACAUCCAGGAUUAUCAUCGAUUUGUGAUACAAUGGAAGAGUGUUGGGAUCACGAUGCCGAAGCACGCCUUUCUGCCUCGUGCGUAGUGGAACGAGUUGCUACUCUUGGUAGAGCUCUUGUACUAAAUUCAACUACGUUAAUUCGUGUUGAUAAUACCAACGAGAUUAUUACUACCAAGGAAUCUAGUAUGUAGUUAGUGUCCAUU